AUGAGCAGGGCACCAUUGUUGUCAAAACCGCUUCCCGGGGAAGUUCUCCUCCUCUACCUUUGGGUAUCAAGCACUGCCAUUAGCUCGGUAUUGAUACGGAAGCCGGAGAAGCAAGGCUCUUCAAAGCGCGGAGCUUCGGUACCAUCCCUUGGAAUAGCUAGCACUUGCCCUUGUUGUCUCGGCGCGAAGGCUCCGCCCAUACUUCCAAGCACACGAGAUCACGGUAUUGACCAUUCAGCCCCUUCGGCAGGUACUUCAAAAGCCAGAAACGUCCGGCAGGUUGGUCAAAUGGGCGAUCGAGUAGUUCAAGCCAAGGCCUGCGAAGAAAGGUCAAGCCGUCGCCGACUACAUCUCCAAGCUCACACCUGCGCCGUUGGAAGCACCCUAUCCAGACGAUGUUAUUAUGGAACCAGGAAACAUGGUGAAUCAAAUAACGGCAGACUUCGCAGCGAAGGAUGCCUCUAUGUCCGCCUACCUAUCGGCAGCCCACCAACUCCUACAAAGGUUCUAGGCUUACAAGAUUCAACAGAUCCCAAGGUCAAAGAACAGCCACACCGAUGUGCUCUCGUGUUUGGCUUCGGCAAUCAAUGA